UAAGGCGCGGCGCGGGGCGCGGCUGCUGCAGCGGCAAGUGCGGGAUCGGGCGGAGAAGGCGGCGUUAGCGGCAGCAGGGCAGCGUCAGACACCGGCACCAUGCGUGAGAUCGUGCACAUCCAGGCCGGGCAGUGCGGCAACCAGAUCGGCGCCAAGUUCUGGGAGGUCAUCAGCGAUGAGCAUGGCAUUGAUCCCACAGGCAGCUACCAUGGGGACAGUGACCUGCAGCUGGAGAGGAUCAACGUCUACUACAAUGAAGCUGCUGGUAACAAGUACGUCCCCCGUGCCAUCCUGGUGGACCUGGAGCCCGGCACCAUGGACUCCGUGCGCUCCGGCCCCUUUGGACAGAUCUUCCGGCCGGACAACUUUGUCUUUGGUCAGAGUGGGGCUGGCAACAACUGGGCCAAGGGGCACUACACGGAAGGCGCUGAGCUGGUGGACUCUGUCCUGGAUGUGGUGAGGAAGGAGUCGGAGAGCUGUGACUGCCUGCAGGGCUUCCAGUUGACCCACUCGCUGGGCGGUGGCACGGGCUCUGGGAUGGGCACCCUCCUCAUCAGCAAGAUCCGGGAGGAGUACCCCGACCGCAUCAUGAACACCUUCAGCGUCAUGCCCUCCCCCAAGGUGUCGGACACGGUGGUGGAGCCCUACAACGCCACCCUCUCUGUGCACCAGCUGGUGGAGAACACGGACGAGACCUACUGCAUUGACAACGAGGCCCUGUAUGACAUUUGCUUCCGCACCCUGAAGCUGACCACUCCCACGUACGGGGACCUCAACCACCUGGUGUCGGCCACCAUGAGCGGCGUGACCACCUGCCUUCGCUUCCCCGGCCAGCUGAACGCCGACCUGCGCAAGCUGGCGGUCAACAUGGUGCCUUUCCCCCGGCUGCACUUCUUCAUGCCGGGCUUUGCCCCUCUCACCAGCCGUGGCAGCCAGCAGUACCGAGCCCUGACGGUGCCCGAGCUGACGCAGCAGAUGUUCGACUCCAAGAACAUGAUGGCCGCCUGCGACCCCCGCCACGGCCGCUACCUGACGGUGGCCGCCAUCUUCCGGGGCCGCAUGUCCAUGAAGGAGGUGGACGAGCAGAUGCUCAACGUGCAGAACAAGAACAGCAGCUACUUUGUGGAGUGGAUCCCCAACAAUGUGAAGACGGCCGUCUGCGACAUCCCCCCGCGCGGCCUCAAGAUGUCCGCCACCUUCAUCGGCAACAGCACGGCUAUUCAGGAGCUCUUCAAGAGGAUCUCGGAGCAGUUCACGGCCAUGUUCCGGCGCAAGGCUUUCUUGCACUGGUACACCGGCGAGGGCAUGGAUGAAAUGGAGUUCACGGAGGCUGAGAGCAACAUGAAUGACCUGGUCUCCGAAUACCAGCAGUACCAGGAUGCCACUGCUGAUGAGCAGGGGGAAUUUGAAGAGGAAGGAGAGGAGGAUGAGGCUUAAAUCCCCUGGUAUCAAAGGAACUUCUGUAAAGCAGGCAUGUGUACUGAAUGACUUCCGAUAGUGGUGGUGAAGCAUGUUCUCUAGAAACUGUGUACCCAAUUAUCUUCUCAGCACUUGUAACUUUGACAGAUUUCUCAAUGUAACAGUUCUGAAUCCCAGUUACUACAAUGUUUUUGUCCUUUAAUGUUAAGAGCACAUAAAGGCAUGUAUUCUAGAUCAUGUUUUCUGUCUUUCUUAACACUUCUAUUGGACACAGACAGCUAUAUGGCCCGUGUGGCCAGAAGUAAAUUUAAAGACAUGUCAGAAAUCUUGCGGCACAGUGGUGCGGUCUGAUCCAAUGAGGCUUACAUAUUCUCAAAAUGUAUACUUCUCAUGCAAAUAUCUUUCAUGGUUUUUCUUACAGGACUCAAACCUACCUGUAACUUGAAAGAAAAUGGAAAGCCAACUAAAAUGCCUAAACAAGGCAAGCACAAACAUCUAACUUGUUUUACAGUUUUAGUCACUGUAGGAAAUCUUCUACUUGUCUGUUGAAGUCCUCUGCGAAACGCAGGUGUAGAUUAUGCUUUCCUUCUGGCAUCAGAAGCAACCUUAACAGUGAAAAAAUCAAACACUGAAUAUACAUUAUAUUCUGUCAGUAUAGAUAAUUAAAAUAUUUGUUGCCUUUUCCUUGCUCUUGGUUACCCCAGUACAAAACUGAAGUAGCUCUUGUUUUAAGUACUAUCCCUAUGCAUGUCACUCAGAAUGUGAGCCACAGCAACAGUUGAAGCAACAAGCAUGCUACUUGCCCCACUUUGGGGAAGAUAAACUAAGCUUAAAACAAAUUUGUGUCCUAGACUCAGUUUCUAGGGACCUUUCUGGUGGUCUGCAAAGAUGAUGACAUUCCAAAAUUUGUGUGAGCAGGAUGCAUCUUUGAAAGGUAUGUGAAGUACCUGAGCUCUUUUGCCUCUCUGAGAACAGUGGUUGUGCUGGGCAGUGAACACACUGAAGACAUCACUACAGAAAUGUAGAUUUCUUGUUACCACCAAACUUGGUGUUUGAAUUUUGUCUAAUCUUUCUGCAAAAAGACAAUCCAAAACUAACACCAUUGAGUCAUCUAUUAAGGUAAAAAGGGAAAUCAGGACUUCUUCAGCUGUAACAAAAGCUUAAAAGUAGUAUCUGUGAAGAAAGUUAAAUCUUUGUAAUACUGAUGUGUGACAAGCCUGAAAUGCUAUUUGUCAUUGCUUUUUAUCUGAGAAAAACUAUACAUCAAGUAUGUACUUCUAACACUUUUUUCCUUUAUAUAUGGGGAUGGGAAAUCUUUAAAUUAUUUUAUCCUACUACAUACUAAGCAGUUUCAACAGGGCUAAAGCCAUCUUGUUUGAUAUUUUGUGUGCUGGGUUUGGCUGAGACAGAGUUAAUUUUCUUCAUAGUAGCUAGGACAGGGCUAUGUUUUGGAUUUGUGCUGAAGGCAGUGUUGAUAAUAGAGAUGUUUUUGUUAUUGCUGAGCAGUGCUUACACAGUCAAGGCCUUUUCCAUUUCUCACACUACCGCACUAGCGAGGAGACUGGGGGUGCACAAGGAGUUGGGAGGGGACGCUGCUGGGACAGCUGACCCCAACUGACCAAAGGGAUAUUACAAACCAUAUGAUGUCAUGCUCAACAUAUAAGGGGCUGGGGGAAGAAAGAGGGAAGGGGGGCAAUGUUCAGAAUGAUGGUGUUUGUCUUCCCAAUAAGCAUUACAUGUGAUGGAGCCCUGCUUUCCUGGGGAUGGCCGAACACCUGCCUGCUGGUGAGAAGUACUGAAUGAAUUCCUUGUUUUGCUUUGCUUGUGUGUGGCUUUUACUUUGCUUAUUAAACUGUCUCUAUCUCAA